UUCAGGCAAUUAAUGAUGGGUCUCACUGGUAUAUCAGACACAUAAUUUCUUCCAGACUCAAAAGUUAUCAGCAAAGAAUUGAAAUUAAGGUACAUGUCCUAUGUUACAAUAUUGACAAAAUGUAUUUCAGAGCAAUCAUUUAUUUGUACAACAGCUGAUAUAUGGUCAUGUAAUAAUAAAAGCUAUUUAGGCAUGACCUGUCAUUUCAUUAAUGAAAAAGAUUUUAAUAGACAUUCGUACGUAUUGGGUUGUACGCGUAUUAAAGGUAGUCACACAUAUUUGAAUAUUGCUGAGGUUAUAAAUAAAAUUACUAAAAUAUUCAACACCAAUAGUUCUAAAAUUUCUCAUUGUGUAACCGAUAAUGCAUCAAAUUUUGGUAAAGCCUUUAGAACAUUUUCAAUUCAGCCACAGUCAAAUUCUUCCAACUCAAAUAAUUUAACAAAUAACUGGUUUUGUAGUGAUAACGAUGAAUCAAGUAAUGAAGAAAAUAAUUUAGAGGUUGAUGAUACUUAUGAAAAUAUUGAUAUUACAGAAUUGUCAACCAUAUUUUCAAGUCCAAAUGUAAUUAAUUCUUCUGAUAAUGAAGAUGAAAUCUGCUUACCAGAUCAUCUAACAUGUUCUGCUCAUACUUUGAGUUUAAUCGCGACUACCGAUGUAAAUAAAAUUGAUGACCAUUCUUAUAAACAAAUAUCUAAGCCUGUGUUUGAAAAAUUAUUCCCCCCCUGGAAUUUAGUCAGUAGGAGUUCUGUUGCAUCAGACAAAAUUUUUGAUAUAUGUAACUGUAAAUUUCCGGUGCCCAUUAUGACAAGGUGGAAUUCAUUAUUUUUUGCAGUUAAAAAAGUUUUAACUGAUAAAGAUAAACUUUUAAAUGCAUUUGAGGAAUUAAAACUAAAGAAACUUAAAAUAUCUGAAUGGAAGUUUUUUGAAGAAUAUUGCUUAGUCAUGGAGCAUUUAGCUUUAGCCCUUGACAAGUUACAGGGUGAACAAUCUUGUUUCUUAGGAUUUGUUGCACCUACAAUUAUUGCUUUAAGGCUCAAUACGACCUCUGGUUUUAACAAUACUGAUGAUGAAACUGAUGGCAGUGAUAGUAAAUUCUAUCAAAUCCUUAAUGAAAAUAUAUGUUUUGAAGAGUCUACUGAAUUUUCGCAUAGUGUAAAAAAAACCUUAAACGAAUUACAAAAACACAAAGUUCAAGAAGAUUCAAUAAAAUCGACAUUAAUCCUAAAUCUAAAAAGCGAGUUCAUAAACGAAUUUCAACCAAUAGGAUACUCUAUAAUACUGAAAGGCAAAUUAGAAAAUAGGAAACAAAACGACUUAGAUUCAAUUUCUAGUUUUGUUACGGAAAUAGAAUAUUUAUGUAGUCAAAUAGACAAGGAUAUGAAGGAAGGAAGAUAUUUGUGUUUACAUACUAAAAGGCAUAAGGGAACCUAUAUUACACGCAAUUUCACUUCACGACCACAGUAA